AUGAAAAGGGCGAAGUGGCUUCAAGACUACAGCCGCUACUACCCCACAACGCUUCCUCUGCGCCCCCCAAACUCCGGGCCUCCCGACCUUCUAAACGCGGCUGAGUUUGGAGAGGAGGCGCUGUCCCGGCCUUUCAACGAAGCAGCUGUGCCUCCACCCAUCAAACUUUGUCUAGCUAGUGCUUACCGGCGCUGCUACUUCUUUUCUCCUUCAUUCCCUCAUUCCCUGUUCCCCCACACCCCAUCUCCCCUCUCCCCAGACCUGCUAAACGAGGCUGAGUUUGGAGAGGAGGCUCUGUCCCGUCCUUUCAACGAAGCUGCUCUGCCCGCCGCGCUGCCCGUGCGCCGGGAGCGGGCAGCUGAGCUGGCGCCGGGCGAACCUGGGCCGUUGGAUGAGCUUUCGUCGCUGCCCGAGGGGCGGAUCGGGAAGAUUCUGGUGUAUGAUGACGGGAGUGUGAAGAUGAGGCUUGGCGACACAUUAUUCGAUCUCCUAGCCGGUUCGCCCUGCAUAUUCCACCAGGAGCUAGCGGCUGUGAAUGCCGCAUCGGGCAUGUGCCAUUUCCUAGGGGACGUGAGGCAGCGGGCUGUUGUGGUGCCGGAUAUAGACUCGUUGCUACAGUGA